AUCACCACCGGCCAUCACUGCUUCAUUGUACGGACCACUGCUGCUGCUGCUGCUGAUGCUGAGAUCAUAGCGGAGGGGGAGAAAUCUGUCCAAAAUAAGGAGCAUGUCAUGGGCACGGUUUCUCACGGAUUAGGACUUUACGCACGACGAGGAUCGAUUCAGAGGUAAGAGGAGAGAACGAGUGGUAAAACGCUGCUUUUACUGGGUUUAUCAUCGUCUGAACUGGGAGUACUGGGACUAGCGGGCCUGCUGGUUUGAGUCAGAUUGAUCAUGCGAGGUGCAAACUAUACUCGUUUUAUUUUGUCUCCACGUUGACCUGAAUCUAUAACACUGCAGGAAGAGAUGCAACAACCGGAGGAAUCCCUGAAAAAUGACCCUAAUCUGAGUUUGUAGCGUAUUAGCUCGUACAUAUCGGAAGUGGCAGAGCUCGGCCUACACGAGCAACCUCCUCCAAGAUGACGAGGAUGGAGCUCGUGUCGGCUGUGGGGAUUUUCCUCGCCAUGCAGGGCCAUUUUACACACACCGAGCAUCAUGUAUGUGUGUUUCUCUGCAGCUUUGACUCGCUCUACAUGUCGUGCAUUGGAAAAGCAGGUGUGCAUUUGCUUCGAUUUGUGUGCUUUUGCAGUAUGUGUGUGUGCAUUUUUCUGCAUGACAGGUCAUCACACUGAAGUGGUCAUGUUUUGAAAGGAUGCUGCAGUAAUGUGGCAGGAGGAUGCUUCAGUGGUCCACAGUGUUCAGGAAGGGCCCUGAUGAUCGAGACUGAGGCAUCAGGUCUGGAGCCUGCUGCUGGUGCUGCUGCUGCUGCUGCUGCCUCAGGGUGUUACACUGGCCUGAUUUAUGCACAUGAACCCAGCUGGGGAAGGUAUUUGUCACACUUUUAAGGUCAGCAGAGAUGUAGGUUAGUGACUGACCACUAGUUAAUAGUUAUAGAUUAUUGUGCGAAAGGGAAGGCGUUCAAUAUCUUGUUUUGAUGAAGCAAAAUAAAGCAAAUAAUGUCAUUGUGAGAACAGAGUAGGAUGAAUUCUCAAGACUUUGCCAUUGCAGUCAUGAUAGGGUGAAGGCACAGGGUGCAAAUGACAAAGUAACAAGAACAUAACAGGUUAUAAAUAUACACUGAUUAGGGAAAGGUCAAACAGAUACAAAUUACCAUAAAUAGAACACAGACUAAUCAUCAAACAGUGAUAGAGACAAUAUAAGUAUUCAUAAAAAGGAAAGAAACAUGAUCAUAACAAAUAAUGACGUGUUUAAGACACGAUCAGAUGAGAUUUUGAUGAUACUUUAAAGGAGUUGAGGGAUGAUAUUGAUUUUAGAGAUGCAUCCAGAUUAUUCCAUAGUUUCAGUCCUCUAAAAGUGAUGUUAGACUGAUGACUAGAAGUUCGACAGGAAGGUAACCGAAGAUGGCCAUUUUGUCUUGUUGAGUAUGGGUGAGGGUCGGAUGAAAAGGUAAAAAAAAACAACAUUUCAUUUCAUUUUCAUACUUUAUUUCAUCCAGUUAAUAUUUAAAACAUUUAAUACAAACAAGAAAAAAUCUCAAACAUGUGAAUGAAAAGGAGCAGAAAGAAGAAAACUCUUUCAUUAUAUAUUAAUUAACUAAACACAUCAUAAAAAUAAACAACAUGCCUUUUUACAGUUCAGUAUUUCUCUUUUUCAAAAACAACCCACAAAACAAACAGAAAAGACGACGUUAAUUCACAUUCUUUCACAAAACAAACAUACCAGGACUUAGAUUAACUGAAUUCCCUCGAUUUAUCAACAUACUGGCUUUGAUGAUUUUUUUUGAAGAUAAUUAUUAUUUUAAUUGACAUUUUGUUGAUGUUCUGACGAAAACAACAAGAAAAUAGAGAGAAAAAUCCUUUUCAUUUUUGCACUUGUGCACGAAGGCUGGAACAAACUUGCCAAUAGUAAGAUCCUACAAACAACAACAGAUUAGAAAAGCACAAAACAACUUAAAUAAUAACAAAUUCAUUUCAAUUUGAUUCAAUUUUAGAAUCUGUCAUUUAUCUGGAGUUGCACUUACCUCCAGUUAAGCAGCAGUGUCAUAUAAACAUCUUGUACCUAUGUGCCAUCAAGUCUUCGCUGCAUUCCUGCACAUUUUCAUCACUCCAGAUGAAAAUGUGAAUUGUUAAUGUUGAUUUGAUAUCUAAAUUUUCAGUAGCAGGGUUGUCAGAAAUAUCUAUCUAAAUAGAUACAUAUAUAUUCUUUACAAAUUCAACAGAUCCUUUUGGCAUGUCUUUAAGGAUGCACGUUAUGUUACUGUCCGAUGCUGACAGACAGAAAGGAGAGGAAAGAUAGAGCGAUGUCAUCUGGUCCGUAUGUGUAAUAUUUUAGUCCUGAAUAGGGAGCUUGACACCUCUGCAAAAUGACUAACGCCCCCAAAAUGACCUAAACAGAUUGAGAAAGCUCAUUUUCUGAAUAUACCUGCAGCACCACUUGAUUCCUCCGUGCUAUUGAGAGAGAGUAUUUUAUGUCAGGUCUACAUUUUGGAUGUUGUGAAAUUAAUUUUUUUCCCUGCGGUUUCAUAAUAGGUGGCAUAUUUUUUAACAGAAACUACCUGUUUGGGGCGGUAACUAAUGGCUUCAGAUCCGCUGUACAUUGAUUGGUUACUCUGCUAUUCCAGAUAUACUAUUUUAGGCCAUAUUAGAGACUAUUGAACAUCUCUAAAUGUCACAGAUGUAAAUACUCACUCUGUGUGUAACUGCUCCUCCUCUGCUGUUAGUCUUACAGCCUCAUUCAUGAAAUCGGUUGUCAGAGCAUCAGGUUUAAUUUUUGCAUGGCUGCACUGUCGGUCAGUGCUUCAAAAAGCAUAUCUAUUAAGAUUAAAAUGACGAAGCGUUACUGUAGAGAGCUAAAAGUAAAUUAAAUAGAGAUUGGACAGUGAUGUUAUGUAAAAUCACAUAAUCACGGUCUGAACCAGAGGGUCCAUUAGAUCAUAUUCUCAUGACUAAAUUUUUUAUGGAAUUAAUAUUUUAGAAAUUCAACCAAACUAAACUUAUGGUGAAAGUUGCAUGUAAGUAAGAUGUUUACAUAACACUUUCCUGCUUUAUUCCCAGCAUUAGUAGAUCUCUGUUUGUUGAUAAUUUGACCUCGGAUAGAAAGAUUAGAGCCUUUUUGGUCUGAAAUAAGAAACAUAAUCUCAACACAAGCAGGAGAGUGCGGCUCAACUUCAACUGAUGCGAUAGCACUUUGAACCAACUUACAUCACAACCAGAUCCUAGACUGAUUAAGCUUAAGUUGCUCAUUGAUGUAAGGGCGGUUCUGGCAUCACUUUGACUAACUUAGGCUCACUUGAUUGUGUAACAGGGAUUUGUAAAAAGGCGAAAUAGUCCUGAAAUAAAAUGUACUUUUAGCAGGAAAUCAAAAGAACACAGAGGAAAAAAAAGAUUACGUCAAAAAUGCGCGUUUAUUGUGUAUUUAUAGAGACAUGACUUAAGAGAUCUGCCUGUCUGGGUCUGGUAUUAUAGAAAAGUCUGAUUUCCUGCUCCAUAUCAUGAGUAGGAAAUUGGGGGCUCAUUGUGCGCUGAUAAGAUCAAACUGAAUAUUUUUUCAUAAAGUUCAAGCCAAAUGUUGUUUUUAAUAUUUACAGUACGUUUAUUUUUCGUUUUGCUGCUUUGCUUGAGAAGUUUCCAACAUUGUCCCUUUCAAAGCUAUUAGGCCGUAGAUGUUAACAUCAACAUAGAUUUCACAGUGGCUCAUACCCCAUUAUUGUGGGUAGGAGAAGCUCAAUCUAAAAGGAUUUGCUUGGGAAACCAGAGGGUUGCUGGUUCAGGGCAUGUGUAUGGGAUUCUGUUUGUGCAUAUCAGCCUAUGUGUGCGGCUUGAUCUAACGGGGUGAAAAAGAAUUGAACUUCCCUCAGGGAUCAAUAUAUAAAUCUAUCGGUAACCCUUUCUUUUACACUUAUUACCAGGUAAUUAACAGGUAAUUAUUUAGUAACAACAUGAAAUUAUCUGGUAAUUACAUGAUAACUACUAAGUCAAUACUGCCAAUUUUUCCUUUUUUAUUUUUUCUGUGCAGCUCCAUUUUCAAAAGCUAUUUGGGGUUCUUAUUUUCUAUGAUUGACAUUUGAUACAGCCUAUGGGCGUGCGAAGAUUGCGUAGCGAUACGCUGUUUGAGCCGAUCGUGUCACAGCGACUUACUUGCCGAAUGCGUACAAUGCUACUGCGCAAGUGGUCGUUCCAGGAAGUGGAGAAAAUCCUGGAAAUACCAGAGCGAUUCGGCUUCAAAUUUGUAUGAUGAUGGAAGGUUACCUACCUGGUAACUAGACAGUAUUGACUUAGUAGUUAUCAUGUAAUUACCAGAUAAUUUCAUGUUGUUACUAGGUAAUUACCUGUUAAUUACCUGGUAAUAAGUGUACCGUAAAAGAAAGGGUUACCAAUCUACCUUUUAUGUCUGGGAGUCUGUUGGAUUCAGCCCUGUCUUGAACCCGGACCUUCCAACAAAAACACCUCUCUCUCCCUUUAAUCUCUGCCUCACUAGACACCUUGUUUCCUUACCUGAGAACAGUUUUAAGGGGCUUCUAGAAACUAAUACCACGGUCCCCACUCCCCGCAAAGAAAGCUUAUCUCUUUUCUUUAAUCCGAACCCUAACCUGAGGCAGAUUACAGUUUGUGCCGUGUUUUGACUGUUUAGUGGAUGACAGAUGGUAAGGUCCUGAUACAGAAAAUGUUGGCUCAAGGUUGAAGGAUUUAUUUUGGGAAAGAAAAAAUCCUACAGAAUGCAACAGCCUCGUCUCUUGCAGACAGAGAAACGCUCACUCAAGUGUGCUCUGCUCUGACUCUGACAUGCCCCCAAAUUAAUGUGAAAUGCCACUUCCUGGCUGUUAAUAGACCUCCAUUGAUGCAGAUUGUAACCUGCUGGCUUUUUUUUCUCCCUAUAGCAUUGCUUAAACCGCUGAAUUAUAUUGCAAAUUAGGCAAAUUUGGCAUAAGAUGAUGUAAAAUUUUGCAACAUACGGCAUUUUCAGACAGUCCAAACUAUCAUCAAAGAGACUGGAACAUAUCUAUGUGUCUUUCGACUUCAGAAUAACAUCAGACUGAAGCCUGCAGGCUGCAGCAGGCUCUGCUUUGCUGAUGCUGUUAGUACUCUGCGAGACUCUGUCUGGAAAAUCCGGCACUUGCUUCCAAAUUUUGAUAUCUGAGGAGUCAAAACUGGGUCAUAGUGCCAGUGUGGUUUAUGAGAAAGGGGCUGCUGCAGUCAGCAGUCUUCUUGAGCUGGCUUUUAAGCAUCUGUCAGCUCAGUGUAUUGUUUUGACAGACUGCUCAUUAACAGAUUAUUUUCAUUGGCAGCUGUUUUUAGGGGAAAACCUCCAUAAAGCUGCAGUGCACAAUCUGUUUAGCGCUAAAUGAAAGACAGAGUUAACAGCCAGUUUACUGAAAGAGAAAUGUGAAGUGUCUGACAUCUCGGAAACAGAGAUAUAGUCGAUAAUUGCCAAAAAAACAAAUAAAACACAAAUGAAAAUACAUCAGCAUGUAUCUGCUUUGUCUGGAUGUGUGAGCAGGCAACUCCUCUGUCAUAGUAACAUGACAGGGCGAUGGUAUGUCAGACUCCUGACUUCCCAUCAGCUCUUCUGAUCAUCUAUGCUGGAUCCCACCAAACUCUUCCCACUAAUGCUUUAAGUCCCAGGGGUUUUCUCUGAAAGCCUUUAGCUUAUUGUGCUUUUGUGGACGUAUACAAAUAAUAAUCUAAAACCACUCCACCUCAGUUUGCAGCGUAUUCACUGUAUUCAAUAGAAACGAAAGAGGUGGGGCUGAUGUGAGCAAACAACGACAGUGUAACCGCCUGUAAGUCUACUCACCUAUCUAUGCAAAAUGAAGGUUUGAAGUUGAUUUGAGGUGUUUGUUUUCAGUACAGAGGCUCUAAUAAGACCAGCAUUAAAUGGUAAAGAGACAAAUUUAACCAUUUGCUAACCAUUACUAGGUUAGCACUCGGACUUAGUUGACAUCAAAUCUUUUGAUUUGACUUGGUUUUCUGCUUUGAUUUACUGACUUGUGCGAUAAGUCAGUAAAAGUGGAAAGAAACUGUCACGUUUCACAAAUGUUGAUUCUUUCUCAUGAAUCUCCCAAAACCUCGUCUACCUCGACAGCUUCAAUGGUUCCCAAACAGUUUUAUUGUUUUUUUUCAUACCAAGAAACUCUUACAUACAGCUACAGUUUGGGAAAAUAGGAGGUUACUCGUAGUCUCCAUGUAUAUUUAGUCGACUGUAUGUGUAUUCUCCCAUAGUAUCCACAACCUGUUUAGCUUAUUCUUCACACACUGGGAUGAUAAUCGUUAAAAGUUGCUUUCAUUUAAACUUGAUCUUAGUUGUUCCUGUAAUGAAGGUAUUAUUUGGCUCUGUAUUUAAAUGGAAUUUAAUCAGACUACUGUGAUGAAUUGUUUGCUUGCCCUCUUCAUUAAGAUCUUAAAGUAAUACUGAAAAGCUUUUUUAAGAUCCAGCUCUUUAAACCCCUCCUGGCAUAACAGCAGAAACGUCUUGUAUAAGCACAUGUUCUUCAGUGUGACUAUUUCUUCCUGGAGGAACCACAAGUAGAUGCACGUAAGGAAAUGCUUCUCUUCCUAUCUAUCUAUCUAUCUAUCUAUCUAUCUAUCUAUCUAUCUAUCUAUCUAUCUAUCUAUCUAUCUAUCUAUCUAUCUAUCUAUCUAUCUAUCUAUCUAUCUAUCUAUCUAUCUAUCUAUCUAUCUAUCUAUCUAUCUAUCUAUCUAUCUAUCUAUCUAUCUAUCUAUCUAUCUAUGCUUGUUUGUAGCUAAGUUUUUGUUUUUACUCAGAAUGUCAAAAAUUUUCCUGUUGGAGAGAUGCUUGCGUAGUGUGGGGUUUGUUUUUUGGCUCAUUUGUUUGCUGAAUAAUACAGACUAAUGCAUCACCAGCCUUUCUCUGUGAAAAUAGAAAAUAAAAUUGUCAUCUUUUAGGUAGAGUUUGUUUUUUCUGCAGAGAUUGAGAUUUGCUGCAGGUUAGUGGGGAAUUUUGUAGUUUCUUGUUCUCUCCGAGCAAACACUCCUCUUCUUUAAAGCUCCUGUGAGGAGUUUUUUUUUCUACAUUAAUGAAAUAGUUAAUUCACAGUGAUUCUUUUUUUUAUAAUACACAAAAGCAAAUAAGAAAACUUUGCAGGAGAUGCUCUCACUUGCUGUAUAGUAUGCAACUACAAACCUAUUUCUAAACUUUGAGAAGGAAAGGUCUCUUCAGGUAAAAUUUAUCUCUAUCCACACGUGUCUUAUGAGGGGUGAUAAAGGAUAAAGAGUAUAAUGUUUCAAGAGUUCCUUUAAAGUUUGAUCACACUCUUGCUAGAUAGAAGUUGUUUUCAAUCCUCUCUUAAACCAAAGAUAUCUCCUACUUUGUCUUCCUGUGCUUCCUGAGUAUUUAAGUUAUUCAAAUGUAAAUCCUGCCAUGUGAGAGGAAGGAGUGAUGGGGAACAGAGGGGAAGUGAAAUUAACCCUUAGUAAUAACAGUAAAAACUGUGUUUUUAUGAAUGGAAAUUAAUGUCAAAUAGGUCAGACAGCCAAGGUCACAUUUGGUACAUGGCUCAGUAUUACCCAUGAUGCUUGUCUGUGUGUGGGUGUGGGUGUUACAUUCACUUGACUGGCUAGUCUGGGAUUAUUUCUCAGGGCGGUCGGAAAAUGGAAAAUGGAAAAUGACAGUAAUCAGAUUGACUCUGGCUCACGAUGAAUUCAUUUCUACUCUAACCCGGCAGAACUGUAUCUGGCUGCAGAGGACGGUUUAUAGGUCAACACAGAAUUAGUCGUCAUGGUGAGUCGUGUUUGGUUUUGUAUGGAGCUGGACCAACAUGGAUGUGGAUGAAUCAUCAUUGAAAAACUAGAGGAGUUAAUGAUGAUUAAUGUGUUUCUCCCUCGAUGCAAAUGACUUCUCACACGAAUUGUUACUCAGCUUGACCAGGCGCACCACAAAUAUAACAACAAAAACAUUUAUUUUUUUGAGAUAUAGUUGUAUUUCUGUAAUCUCCAAUAUUUAAACCAAUAGAUCAAUCAUAAUUUAUGACAAGGAGUGAGUUGUGCUAAGCAGCUGAAGUGCCGUUUAUGAGAGAUGAAGAAAACCCUUCUUAUAAAGACACUACAAUCAGAUCAUAAACUGACCUUUGACCAAAAUAAUAAACAUUUUAAGCGUUAUCUAAAAAGCUUCAGAUUAGGUUUCUGUUGCUAAGAUAACAAAACAAUUGUAAAAGGUUGUAAAAGACACUCUUUGGUAGUUUAUUUUAAAUAUAAGUCAGUAUUUUCUUCGGUAAUUAAUAAAAACUGUAUACAUUCAAAGACAUAAUACCCCCCACAGGACACAAAUCCGUAUUUUAACAACUUCAUGGCAUUUAUUAAGGGAUUUACACAAUUUUUAAUAGCAUUAUCCCCAGACAGAGAGGAUUACCAUCAGCCAGUCUGACAACUCAAGGCUUAUUUCCUGUAGUUUUGCUUCUAUAAAGAAUGGAUCACUUAAUCAUUAAGAGGUCAUUAUCAGCUUCAACGCCCUUGAAAAAUGGAGCUUUUGGAGGUGGUACCAACAUGAGAAAAUCAGAAAAAAAAUACAUUUUGUUACCGAUUUCCUCCAUCAGAAUCAGUAUGUUGUAAAGUGUAUCGAUAGAUUAGCUAAUGGUACUCUCCUGCCUGAAGGGCUGUGAGUUGGAAUAUGGUUUGUUAAGGUUUAACCUGCGCUGUUUUCCCCCAUAGUCCAUCUUUUACUAAGAAUAGAUAACCAGCAGUGGAAUACCUCAUUGGUUUUUCACUGAAAUAUUCCUACAGCGUUGCAUGUGUUAAAAUAUUAACAUGUAAAGGCUGCCAAUGGAGCGCUGAGAAAGACGGAUAUGUAAGCAAAGAAGGAGGGGGCUCCACUCGCUCACAGGAAAACAGACUGGCUGGUAUGUGUCCAGAACCCCAUACAGAGCAGUACACAUUAUAUAACCAUGUGAGUCAAAAUGUGGUGUUUGUGUUAGCAUUUGGUACUGUGGUUGUGUCUGAAAUGUUACAAUCUGCCAUUUGACCAUUUUUAGCGUAUAAAACUGUAAAAAGGCUGCCACAGCUAAAAAAAAAAUUGACAUACUGAAUUUGCCAAAUUUACUUACAAGAAGAUUGUAAAUAUUUUCAUAUUGUGUAUUUCAACAUAAAUAUUUUAUGAGCAGUUGUUAGACCAAAGAGUAAUUAUAUGUUUUAAGAGUAUCUUAUUUAGAUAUGGCUCAUGGCUUAUUCAUUCUGUUUCCAAUGAUCUGCUCUUUGUGUUGAAUGUAAGGCCAAUUCAGAAGUGCAAAAAAACUGCAGUUCCUUAACUGUCCACUUGAGACUGUCUCUAAGAGCUAUGAAACCCCAUUAGAGUCUGUUUAAAAUACCCAUUUUUACAUCAAGUUAACAGCCAAACCAAUUCAAGUCCCGAUACGAGUUUUUUUUAUUUUAUUUUGUAGCAAAGGUGCAUUUUUAUUACUCUGCUGCACCAAGAAGUGCGCAUAACCUAAGCAUAAGUGGUGGUUACUUCUUACCUUAUGCAGAGCUAGUUUGAAAAAUAAAUCUUAAAGUUUGGGAGGUCAAAAGCCGACUUUCUGAGGCACAGAUAAUAAACCAUGGUUUCAGUACAUUUCCAUUCUAAUCUGUAAUCCUGAUCACCUUAGAGUGACUCUGAUUCACUUUAAGUUUAGAGAUUCUCUGAGAACAGGAUGAGCCGAUUAAAGACACCAAAGAAAGACUGACUGAUAAAAACAAAUGUAACUUAGUUUGAAAGAUUCAAAGCCUUCAUUAGUGUAAAAGGAAAAGUUGAUGAUGUUGAAUGAAGCAAGAAUCAAACAAGCUGAUAUGGCAAUUAGUGUGUGUGCAGAACUAGAACAGAAUAUUUUCUUAUGUAUCGCUCUGAACUACAGCAGAUAAGCCUGAAUAGUUAAAAUCUGAUUUAAACAGGACUCAGAAUUUAGGUCAGAGUGUCCAGACAAGGAAGAAGCAGAUGAGUUGAGGUGUUCAGGCAAAAGAGGCAGAGUCUGAAUUGCUCAACACAAUAGGUAGCUGUUUUAAAGCUGCCAAAUCGCCCAGUCCUACAAUGCCGUAUUAGACAACAUAACAAACAAAAGGUUAUUGAUUGUGGGCUUUGGGUCUCGCAUGUUACACAGUCCAUUUCCAGUAUGUCUGGAUCUUUUCUCAAACGUUUACUGUAAAUCAUACAGUAAACUGUAACUUUCCCCUAGAUUUGCAGACAUACACAAACAGAACCCUGGAUCAGUGAACGAUUCACUCGGUUUGAUCAGUGUGUCUUUUGGCCAGGCUCCAUACGUGAUACUUAAGAAGAGCAGCAGCGCUUUAAAAAAAACUGCCCAUCCCUUUGCGGCGAGUUGAACCCAUGUAGAGUUAAUGUUCUUAAUCUGUAAAUCUAAAACUCUUCCAGCUAUGUUAUGUCGGGUUUCCUCAAAUUAUGACCGCCAAGACUCGAUAUUGUCACUUUUAAAUGAUGUUCCCAUGAUUUUAAUGGAGCUGAAAUGAUAACUUGAAAAUGGAAGAAAUGCUGUGUAUUGCAUUGACCCCAAAACUAUGACUUUCCAGGAAAUUAAAGAAAAUCCUGUUUUCCAAAUGACUAAGCACUGCAUGAGACGUACAAGCUUGUUUUUUUCUUUCUUUUCAUCUGUUAAACUUUAGAAAACCCGCUGACAGGCAUUAAAAAGGAUCAACAGCACAGAAUAAUGCAAAAAAAUAAAGAUGUAAUGAGACGUGGAGGUGUGAGAUUUCUACCUGACAGCAACAACAUGACACAAAGAAUAAGAAACAAGGAUCUGAACUCAACAGGUAUAAUCGUGUUUGUCUGUGGGCUCUGUAUUUGUAUGCAUGGCGCUGACGGCUGUAGCGGUCUGUGCACCCCACAUAUGCAGAAGGUAGUUCUGAUCCCAGCAGUUGCCAAUUUGGAUUUCCUAGGUCAAGACCCUUUGAGAUUAAGGUAUUUAGGCGUACUGCCAGCAGACACAAAGAGUUACUGUAAAUUUAAUCAUUUGACUGACCCCAGCUACACCUCACAAAUACAGUACAUGCCAUGAGCUACAAAAACACCCCCUGCACAGUCAGUUCAAAAUUUCUAGGAAAGAGGAAUGGAUUUAUUCGAAGCUGGUUUUUAGGGUUGAGGAGUUCGACAUUCGUCGUAAAAAUAUCACGGAUUUCUUAGAAAUAGGCCUGAGUGCUGGGAAACAACAACAAUGAUGCAUUACAUCCGCCUCACACAUUUACUCCAAGAACUUAAAACCCACACAAAAUGACUUUACACGUGAGCUUGUUUGUUUCGGUUUUUAAAGACUUUGUUACCCUUCGGCUGUAGCUUUUCAACUCGGUCACCUUUUCUGUCCGUUCACAAAAAAAUUUGCACUUCAGUUUCAUUCCAGCUGAUAUAGUUAUUUGAGAACUACGAGGGAUGUAAAUAUCGUAGUUGAGACCACAGAUUGAUCAUGAUUAGACAUUUAUGCGGAUUUUGUACCUUCAAGUAAUGAAAGUUCAUAAUUUUGAUGUCAGAAAUCAUCUGAGUUUAGAGAAUUACAGUUGAAUUAAUGGAUUAUUUAGUUAGACCACGGCAUCAGGUUCGGCAGGCAGAGGAUUGCGUUGCUGCUUUUUGCGGAUGAUGUGGUGCUUCUAGCUUCGUCGAGCAGUGACCUUCAGCUCUUGUUGGGGCGGUUCGCGGCCGAAUGUGAAGCGGCUAGGAUGCGAAUCAGCACCUCCAAGUCCGAGGCCAUGGUCCUCAGUCGGAAAAAGGUAGAUUGCCUUCUCCAGGUCGGAGGGGCGGUCCUGCCUCAAGUGGAGGAGUUCAAGUAACUCGGGAUCUUGUUCACGACUGAGGGUAGGAUGGAACGGGAUAUUGACAGGUGGAUCGGAGCGGCGUCAGCUGUGAUGUGGAUGCUUAACUGAUCAGUCGUGGUGAAGAGAGAGCUGAGCCGUUAGUUUUGUGCGUGUUUCUCAAAGUCCUUCCACAUGCUAAAAUGAUAUGAACACAGAAACAGUCUCUACUCCCGGAGUCUCUUCCUGAUCAGUGUUCCACCUCUGUCAUCCAAUCCAGAGUAUCUGAUUGGUGAGAGUGUGUGCCAAGUGUUGCUAGUUAAAAAGAGAAUCAUCACAGGCUGCAGCGGGCAGAUUAAAUCAGCUGUUUGUGUUCUCUGGUCACUGCAGGGGCUUUAGUUUUGCAGACACAGACUGGCUGUGAUUGAAGGGACUAAUCAUCCUGUGCCACCAACAGGAAGCUGUGUGUUUUUGUGGUUCAGUAUGAACCAUCACAGUGGUGAGAUAUCCGGCUGAUCCUCUGACCUCAAUUAAAGGAUCUGUGCUCAUCAAAGUUGAACUUAGUUAAAUAAACGUUCACUUCCCACAGCACCAUACUUAUUUAUAGUUGGUGUCAACUAGUUUUUCAGAGAAAACAUAGACAAAUUUUACGAAGCAAUCUAUCGCUACUUAUCAAAGGGGAAUUACGACAGUCGGAUUACCGCCUCUUAUAGGUUGCCAAAGGAGAUUCACAUACACAAGUUUUCAUUGUAUCUCCUCUGCAGUCUGUGUCUAAUUGUGUCUCUCUUUGUCUCCCUUCCACCCCCAAGCCCUUUUGUCUGAGAGGAGAAUGAGGAAGAGGAGAAACUGGAAACCUUUGGAGCGCCUCGGAAAGUUUCUGUGAAGUCUCAAUGAACGCAGCUGAAGAGCCUCUCUAGUACUCGACUCAAUGGCCAAGAAAGGGCGUACGAAGGGCGAGAAGCCCGAAGCGCUCAUCUCUGCCCUGCAGGCAGCCAAUGAGGAUCUCAGGUCUAAGCUAACUGACAUUCAGAUAGAGCUGCACCAAGAAAAAUGCAAGGUACUGUUCAACAUUUAUAUGCAUUCACUGUCCCUCUAAUUACUUUUGAAUACUUGCUUUCACUUUGGAUUAUAUCUUAACUAUCACAGAGUUGAAUGUCCAAAUCUUUACAACAAGCUUUGACCAGGGUCUCAAUCAUUAACGUACAUAUCAUGGCAUGAAUAUGUUUGUGCAGUAAGUUCGUCUGCAUAUGUGACUCAUGAGCAGUCGAUGGUAAAGCUCAGCACAUGCUCCAUGAAACACUCUGUUUUCACACAGUUAUACAUGGCGGAUUUUCACAGACAUGGUUAAAUAUUGUCACUGAACUGGUGCAACAUGUACAAAACAUGUGCUCUGUGUUUUCCUCAUCAGCUGUGCAUGUCAUGCAAAAAAAAAAACAGGUACUAUGUGAGCGAGAACAAGUGGAUGGUUUCCUGUUACUCACAUUAAAUGAUCUCUCUACAAGGACCGCUCUGAUUUUGUGCUGUAAUCAUGAAGAAGGGAAGCACCUCUCCCAUCGUCAGGAGAUGAUGACUUGUCAGAGUUUUAGGUUUGACAUCUUAAGAGCUCAACUGCUAUCCCUGUAAGUCCCCAAAUGCAGAAACGUCCAAAUUGUUGGUUUCUUACUGGAGUGUUCGUGGACAGAACUUAUAGAGAAUGUCAAAGUAAAUCGGAUAAUAAUGUGAUGAUAAUAAAUUGAAAUUCUUUUUAAUGCCACUAACUUUUUCACACACGAUUUAUACGUCUGGGGCUGUGACAAUGGCCCUCAGCCUGCCCCCUGUUGGAGAUCAGGAAGUAAUGCGGCUACAGUGUUGUGGAUGGCAAGCAGAAAUAAAUCUCCUUGAGCAAAAAUUUACAAAGAAUUAUUCCUUGUGAUUGUUACAAUAAUAUUGAAGAUGCAUUUGCAUAAAUCAAGGAUAUUAGUUUACUUUUGUGUUGAUUGGAGAAUCAAAUUGGGUUAUUUGUUUAUAUGCAGAUUAAACAUAGUCAACAGUGCAAUAAAACGCCCUGGAUGAGAAGAACCGCUCGACCCAAAGAAGUGCAAACAACACCCAAUAAGUACGACGAAGAAUAAAAUAGAAUAAUAUAUAAUAAUAAUAAAAAAGUAUAAAAGAAAUAUUUACAAAGUGCACAAGUGAUGUAGCAGCUGCUGUCAGAGUGUGAACGUGUGCAAUGGAGGAUAAUUUAGUGGGAUAAAUGAGGUACAAAUUGCCAUAUUGUACAUGAUAUUGCACAUUACAGAUAAUAUUGCACAGUUAAGUAGGUUAAUGCAUAGUUUACAAUUAUCUCUAGUCAGAAUAGAUUAAAAAAUAAGUGAUAUAUUUGUGGUGUGAUUUCUUCUUUCCUCUUUCUCCAAAGGUGAGCAAACUAGAGCGCGACAAGGUGCAGGAAGUAAAGCGGGUGCGAGAGCAGGAGCAGCACCGCCACACUGCCAUGUUGACGGAGCAGCGAGCCAAGUGGCACGAGGAGAAGCAGAAGGAGCUCCAGGCUCUCAGGGAAAACCUGACACGGCAACAUGAGCAGGAGCUGGCCCGCCACGCCAAAAUAAAAGACCAGGAGAACCAAAGGCUCAAAGCCGCUCUGAGUGCCAUGCGAGACGGCAGCGGGGAGAAGGUGAAUUAAGAUUGUGCACAGAGUUUGCAUUUCGAAACAUAUAUGGGGAAAUGAACAGAUAAAGUCCAGUCAAAAUAAAAUCCUGAGGCAGCAGCUGGGAAAUUGAACCGUGACAGGUGGGAUUGGCACAGGACGGUCACCUUCAUUUCAUUUGAAGAAGGAGCUCCACCUAACACUGAAAUAAAUAUUCACUCUGCUCGGGAUAAUCCCACAAAAAAAAAAUCCAAUAAGUAUUCUGUUAAAAAUUCUGCUGAGUAACACCAUCAUCCUUCCUCUUUUCCUCCUCCUGUCUUCUUCAGGUACGCACAGCGCUGACGCUGGAAGCCAAGGAGGAAGCACGGCGCUUCUUCGACCAGGAAAGAGUGAAACUCCUGCAGGAGAUAGCAGAGCUGAAAUCUGUGAAGAAGCAAACGGAUGAGGCUCUGAGCAACAUGAUUCAGUCCGACAAGAUGAAGGCGGGAGACCUGCGGGUGGAGCACCAGCAGCACCAGGAGCAGAUCUCCAAGAUCAAGUGGGACAGUGAGCGAGACAUCCGCAGACUGGUCGGUUUCAUCGAUGUUAAUGGGAUAAAUUUUAAUUCAAAGUUGGAUGUUGUAUCACUUUUUACAAUUCUAACUCUGUUUUUCCUGUAGGUCGAUGAAAUUAAAUCAAAAGACCGCACCAUUUUUGCUCUGGAGAAGGAACUGGAGUCGACAGCGGGUUUUUUGCAGAAGCUGCAGCUUCAGAAAGACGCUCUGGAUGAACAGCUGUUUCUCGUAAAGGAGGCAGAGUGCGGCCUGGGGAGUCCAAAAAGAGAGAUUCCAGGCAGAGCUGGAGACGGGGCAGAGCACUGUGGAAGUCCAGUAAGUAGAUGGGAAUAUAAAUGUGCAAACCAAACAUUAUUUUGAACGUAUGUUUCACGUUCAUCUUUGCUGUCGCUCUUGAAUACAACCUUGAGGUCUGAGUGCUAACGUAGGAAAAAGUUUCUUUGCUCAGUCUGCAUGUGGCCGUCUGAUGGUCACUGACACAGAUUUGCAGAAGCAGAGUAGAAUUUGUGUUAGAGGAACAGAUGAAAUGAGCGUUCAAGAGGAAUUCACAUUUUCAUGCUUGAUUUACUCAAAACUGCUCAUGCUCACUUUUGUUGGUUAGACUGCACUCACGGAAAGAAAGAUCUAGUUUAUGAAUCACAGCUUUGUGUGGUUUAUUGGGCCUGAUGUUGGGCUCCCUUGGUUUGUUUACUAAUAUAAUUUUAAAACAGGCUCAAAUAAUAACAGUGAAUAAAGCUGAUUGAGUUUACUCUGAUUUCUAAGACAAAGAUGAGGACAUGGUUUAAGAGCGGCAAAUUUAACCCUUUAGCAUAAGUCAGUUUGGAAACAGGAAAUCUACACACAUCCUCACAUAUUGUAGACUAAACAAUGAGGCAUACUGAUUUACGCCACUAUAGAAAAUCCCCCUUGACCUCCUCGUGGCAGCUGACUCUGAACUUCUUGUCUCGUCCCCCUUGAUCUGUGUGUGGCCUUUGACACUGUCUCUCACAACAUCCUUCUUGACUGACUGGCCUCUGUUGGAAUCACUGACACACCCUUGAAUUAGUUUAAAUCUUAUCCCUCUGGAUGCACUCAGUUCACCCAACCCUAAACCUUAAAAUCCCUGAAAUGUCCUGUUAACACCGGUGUCCCCCAGGGUUUCGUUCUGGGGCCCCUUCUGUUAUGGCAACAGGGAUUAAACUUGAGGUCCUCCUUAUUGUUAUCAGUUCUACUUUAACAAUAAUUGUCCGUUUAUCUCUCACCAUAGACAACUCCGUGGUUUCUCCCUCCCUGCAGAUGAAGAGUCUAUUAUUCUAGUGUCUUAUCAAUAAUGUUACUCACUCUACAUGUUUCCAUCUAUGCAACAUUAAUCACCCUCCCUCACUCCUGACUGUACUGCUAAUCUUUUUUACAUCAUGCAUUGAUUACUGCAGCUCUCUAUUGUCUCCCCCUGAAGUCCGUCCAUACUUCAGCUCCCUCCAGUAAUAGCAUCACUAGCAUCAUUGCCUUUUAUUCUUAUUUAUUUAUAAGUGUUCAAAGUACUUAUUUAUUUAUGUAUGUAUUUAUUAAUUAUUAUAAUUUCCCUGUAUUAUUAUUAUUAUUAUUAUUAUUAUUUAUUAUUAUUAUUAUUAUUAUUAUUUAUGUAUUUUUUUAUUUAUUUUAUUUUUUUAUUAAUUUAUUUUAUAGUUUUUAUUUUUUUUUCUAAUUUUAUUUUAAUUUUUAAUUAUUGAAUUAUUUAUUUUCUUGUUUUAAUUAUUAUUAUUUGUUUAUUUUCUAAUUAUAUUUUAUUUUUUAUUUAUAUAUUUAUUUAUUUAUUUUCCAAUUUUUAUUUUAUUUUUUAAUUAUUAUUAUUAUUAUUAUUUAUUUAUUUAUUUUCCUUGGGUCCCCGUAAGCCUUGAAAAGUCAUGUCUCUGAUAUCUUAAAGGGGUAAUCCUUCUACAGUUUCCUCAUUAAAUAUUAUUGGCAAGUCGAUCUUUUUGGGGAUCUCCAGUAGUCUUGAUUUGCCAAAACAUUUGUGGAAAACUGAGGCAACAGACCCAAUGUUUUCCUCCUAAAAUCAGCACAAGAUGUGGGGCUGUCCCAUCAUUAGCUCUAAAUCACAAAAAAUACACUGAUAAGAUUAGACUGCAAUACUUCAUAAUCUAACCUCAACCUGUACUGAUGAGAUUGAGAUCUCAUCACCGUCUGAUGAUGUAAUCUGUCUGCCACGGAUACAUAAACCCUCUUUAUUAAAUUGGACAUCAUUUUUUUUAUUGUUAAAGCAGCUUCCCUCAACGUGUCAGAAAUCUUACAGUAUUAAAUGUGGUAUUUUUGCUGUAAUUUCACACAAAAAUGCUGCUUUGUUUUAGUGAAAUUUUAAUUGAUAGUUUUUUGUCUUUUGUUUUCAGGACUUGAGGAGAAACCAGAGGCGCAUAGCUGAACUCAACUCGACUAUACGCAAAUUAGAGGACCGUAACUCCCUGCUGGUCGAUGAGAGGAAUGAACUGGUAUGAUUUCUUCCUCCUGUCACUACUCACCCUACAACUCACCCAGUUUUCAUCCCUGUUUAAAUUCCUCUCAACUUAAUACCUUCAUGUGUUCGUUCCCUUCAUCAGCUGAAGCGCGUCCGAGAGUCGGAGAAGCAGUGUAAACCUCUACUGGAUAAAAACAAGCUGCUCAGCAAGAGGAACGAUGAUUUGACUCUGACUAUCCAGAAGCUCGAGGACAAACUCAAGAGCUUGGCCAAGGAGAACCUUGAGAUGGUGAGCACAUAAUCACAGCCACACUUUAACAUUUCAUUCCCUUCUUAUUGAUAUCUUAAAGUACAACAUUUUUUUUCCUUUGUGUGUUUGUGUGCAUGCAGAAGGAGAAGAUUAGCUCCCAUCCUCCACUGAAGAAGCUCAAAUCUCUGAAUGAUCUUGACCAGGCCCAUGAUGACCAGGAAAUAGCUUUUCUGAAGCUUCAAGUGCUUGAGCAACAAAGCAUGAUCGACGAACUGACAAGAGUAUGUUGUUUUCUUUUAAUCUUGGGGUGCAGUGAACGUUUUGUUGGGCAACUUUUGGGGGAAUUUGGUGUUGAAUGUUAAUAUUAUUUGUUUUCAUAUUGUUGUAAAAGUCUGAGAAUUUUGUGUUUCUGGUUUUAAAUGACGUUAAAUUUUUACUCAUUGUUUACUUAUGUAGUUUUUUUGUUUCAUGUUCGCCUGCCAGUGUGAUCCAAAGUCAGACAUGCUUUUUAAGGAGUUUCUUCCACUGCCUUUGCAUCAACUUUAGGUACAUUAAGCCAUCUUUGUAACUCAUUUUACAAAUUCAAUCAGUUGCAACCUUCGCUCGAUUGGAUUAAAGUGCAUACUCUGAUCAUGUGACAACUGAAACAAGGACUUCAAAUACUCACAACAGCCAACAUUGUCUUGGGUCACAGACAGCAGAGGUUAAGUAAAUUAACAAACGGUCUCUGCAGUGACCCAGAGGAAUUAUAGUUCCCUGGAUGAAGUAUUUGAUGUUAAUUUUAGAUAAAUAGUUAAGAAUAUUCUGCUGGAAUAACUAAGACAGAACUGAAUGUACGAGUUUGUCUUAAAGUUUGUGUCGGUGUUGUAUUGUGUGUGAUUACAUUCUUAUUAAUUGAUUCAGGACAUUUUAACGUGACAGUGGAGUCAUUUGUUGUCUUUUUCUCCCAGGACAGAGAAAAACUUUUGAGGAAGAAAAGACAUAAAAGAAGUUCAAGGCCCAUAAAGGUAGAUAUGAGCACGUUUUUUUUUACCGUCUUUUGGUUUGUUUUUGGAAAGUGUAUACUCUUAUCUAUUUAUUACUCUAUAUUUUAAAGUUUACAUUGUUGUCUUCCUACAUGUCUUAUUACAGUUAAAGCUGUAGAGCAGACAUCACUUAUCUGUCAUGAUCUCAUUAUGGCCCCGAAUUAUCUAGCACAGAAAUCUUAGUUUGAAAUGCGUUUACUCAACUCAGGCUUUUAGGAUGGAGGGAAAGUGCUGAAAACAUAUUGGUUUCAUUUAAAUGAAGACACACCUGUCUUCAAGGAUUAUGAACACAUUUAAGCUUUGAAGGUCUAAAAUUGAAAAAAAAGCCUGUUUCAUUUCUUUAAAUGUGUCUCUGCUGAAAAGAUAAAUAAAUAGACCUGCAGCAGAGGCCUUGAAAUUACACAGAAAUCAAACAAAAACUCUGCCUCUGACUCUUAGAUCAAAAGUCUGACCUGAUUUCAAACAUUUUUUGACAUCCUGUAGGAAAAUAUAGUGAAAAAUUAUUCUUAAUAUGUAGAGAAAUAUAAAAUCAUCAAAGCGACUAAGACUCUUUGAUCUGGGAUCAGUUCAGCAAGGUGUGCUGACUGCUGCAAAAGCAUGAUAGAAGUCUGAAGAGUUGUAAAUAUUUUCUUCUUUGCAGAGGCACAUCGUAGUGGACACGUUUUUCGGGUAUGAUGAGGAGUCGAUGGACUCGGAGACGUCCUCUGUGGCUUCAUUCAGGAUGGACAGAACUCCUGCAACACCUGAUGAGGACCUGGAAGAGGUGAGGGUUUUCCUUUGGCUCACAGGGAGCAACAGAAAGUGCUUAAGUGACUACAGCGUAUGAGACCACUUUGUUGUCAUGGCGUGACUUUCAGUGUCACCUUCAGGUCCCAAUUGCAUCUAAAUGGGUGAAAGAGACAAAAUAUAAACAUUGACUGAAAACAACUUAAACCUGCUUCUAGUUGCAGAGAAGCACUUUGGAUGAGGACGCUGUUUGAAGAACAGAGGCUCUCAUCACUGAAAUAUCUUAGUUUACAUUUCUAGUUUCAGGCAUUAUCACAGGAAAGAUGGACUUUGUAACCCUGUUCUGAGAUGAAAUACUAUGAAUAAAGUUUAUAGUUAAAAAACUGUUUAUGUGCCAUUCAAGGGUCUAACCACAGAGGAGUCGGAGCUGCGUUUCCGACAGCUGACCAGGGAGUAUCAGGCCUUACAGAGAGCCUACGCCCUGCUGCAGGAACAGAAGGGAGGCAUACUGGAUGCUGAGAUGGAAGCAAAGGUAAAAGCAAAUUCAGCUGGUGCAGUGACAUUUUCGUGCCCGCCAGCGGCGUGGGAAGUGCGCUGAAAACUCGCCGAUUCAGGCGGAGCGUAGCUGGUCUAGUGGUGUGCGGCAAAGUGCGCAUACGUCACCGAUGCCCCACAGGCAGUUUCCACAGUGUCAGGUACAUUUCAGUGCAAUAAAAAAUCAACAACAACCAAUAUUUAGUGCAACUGACUCAGCACAUACAUUUAGAUCUAUAUCGAUAUAUUCUGAUCUAUAUCUGAUCUGAUGAGCACAUUUGGCACGCGUUAGGACAUUCCACCUGACUGAAUUAACACAGCUGAAACCGCAUUAAAUUAACAGUCACACAUUAUGAAGUUAACAAGAUAUUUAAUUCGUCUCGCCUCGCCGUGGCAGAUUUAAAGGUGAGGAGAGGAGCUGAUAUGAUUGGUAAAAACAGGUCUCGCCUGUGUUAAACCCACUCCACGCCUUCCCCCCUCCCUCUAUACUACUAAUUAUGCUGCUGGGAGGAGCUGAGUUAGGGAGGGGGGAUACUUACGCCAAAUUGUGCUUGGGCACGCCUUAUCAGGGCAUGGCGGACCUGACUUGCGCUCUGCCUGCGCCACAAUGCCGGCGAAGGCACAAAAAUAGAGCCCUUCAAGUUUAUUCUUUUCAUUUCCAUUGAUUUUGUCUCCGUUCUAUCCAUCUUCAUGUUUGUUCAAAUACACUUGUAACAAAGUAUAUGUAUAAAAGCUUUAAUCAUCAUCUUUUUUGAGGUUUAAAGUAAGAGAUGACAGCACAUUCGCGUCACACAGAUAGUAUAAAGCUGUAGGAAUUGAGUUACACACAGGAACAUUUCGUUUGUUAUCCAGGACAUUAGAUUUCUUAUCAUAUAGUUUGUUUCUGUUGAGCAGGCUGGUAUUUCACUGCUUCACCGUGUCUGUAAGGGUCAGUUUGUUCUCUAUCACAGUCUGGUACACUUGAUCUUGUGUGAUGAGUGAAAACAAAAUGUCCAAAAACAGAGUCAAUCUGCUCAUAGACCAGCUGCUCAAUGUCCAGUUUAUUUUCAUCAAAUUCAAUUACAGCCUCUGACGUGGAGUGGAAAUAGAGUUCUAUUCAGACAUGGAGGCUUUUGCAGUCUGAAUAAAUAAGAAUUAAAUUCGACUUCUGGAGCUUUAAGAAAUGUUUCCGGAAACUUUAAAAUUAUUUAUCAGACUGAAAAUGGUGAGACAAUCACUUUCACUUCAUAAACUUGUGGUUUGGCUGUGAAGCAGAGUACCAGUAGAACUUAUCCAACGUCUCAGAGGUGAUGAAAGAGGAGAAUACAUUUUCUCAUCAUACCCUGUACUGAAAAGUUAAGACUCAGCUGUGGACUUGUCUUUUAUUAUUUGCCUCAGGAAAGGAUGUUGGACACAAAUUAAGUGUUUUUGUUUUGUUUUGUUCUUCUAUUGGACACUCAAAUGUCUCUUUUCUCUUUUAUUUCAGGCCCAUGAGCAGCUCCAAGCAGACGUUCAGAGGUAUAAAGCCAAAAUAGAGGACCUGGAGAAGGAGCUGACCUUAAAGGGACAGGUUGGUCACUAUUGUGCACUCAUGAAUGAAGGCAGAUGUACUCAUGGUGCUGUUGACAUAUCAGUGGGCACACCUAAUAUGAUUCCCCGUACUGAAAUUACAGCAGUAAAAAGAGAAAUUCAAUACGAUGUACUCUGUGUGUAUGAGUGUGAUAUCUCUGGAUGUUGAAAAAGACAGAUUAUGCAGUAGAUAUAUUAGAUUACAAUUUCCUUUAAAAAUGAUUGUCAGAAAUUGAAUUAUGGUGAAAUAUUUCUUACAAGACCAUGAAAGUGCUAUCAGAAAGUUUAUCAAACCUGACGAGUCGUUUCAUCCACAGCAAUGCUUUGCUCUGAAUCACUGUUUUCUUAUUUUUUCAAAGAACAGCCCUGUGUUAAUUUUGUUACAAUGAGCUUCCAAGAUAAUUUAUAAUAUAUUUUUUUAAAGGUUAAAGUGUGGGGAAAUUAUUCAACAAACUAAAGUAACUUUAAUCUCCUUGCUGCACCCAAGCUGCUGAUUUAAAACCAUGAAAUUUACAGUUUCACGGAGGGAUAACUUAUUACAGCUCUCGCUGCAGGAUUUUGUUUUUAAAAGGUAACUGAAUGUUUUAGAGGAAGAUGCACCAGGCUGUAGAUACUUUGAUGGUUGUCUGUCAUGCAACCCAGGAUAUUCUGACCUGUCUUUGUUAAUGUCAUGUGCUGUAUGUCGGCGUUUGUUAAAACACGCCCCACGCUGUUAAGGUCUGCACACUGUGACAUUUUAUCUCUCAGUAUUUGCUGUAAAAAGGUUUUUGAGUCUUCAUGUGGAGCAUUAUACUAUUCUGAUGUUAUCUAUAUAAUAUAGACAAAAAAGGCUGAAAAGUAAGAAGAUGAAUUAGAGGGCAGAUCAUUAAAAUGGAUAAACACUCAAAGGACUUCACUGCAGCAAUGGUGAAGUUCUUUGGCAACAAAAAAAUCCAUUUCAGCCAAGUUACCUGCUAAGAUAAUCAUGUUUAUUAGAUUUUAAUGUGUAUAGAAUAAUCAAUCUGUAUCUGACUUUUCAUUCUAACCCCAGUUUUUAUCUUACAUUAAUGUUUUUCUCUUCAAAUAUUUAGAUGGCUGCACAGAGAGUUCCUUGUGGAAAAUAGUUUUUCUGUUUACGUGUUUUUGAUGAAAUAUUCACUCCAGAUCAGUGACAUUGAUUUUCAUUGGUUUGAGUCAUUAAAUCAUAAUGUGUUGUCGUAUUUUGUUGUAUAACAAAAUAUGUUGGAUAGUAUUUCUUAGACCCUUCUCUAUCCAUUUUGCAGGACUCUAAAUGGGUGGAGGAGAAGCAGCUCUUCCUACGAAGGAAUCAGGAGCUGUUAGAAAAGGUCGGACACAGUUUUGUGUUUGUUUUCUGAAAGCUUAAAAGUGACAGAAAUACUAAAUUUUCUGUAAAUAUAUGAAAGAAGUCAAGAUGUUGACAAUUUUUUGUUUUCAGAUUGGUCACUUUGUAUGAUUUAAACUCACAAUGACAUCCUGCAGUUGGUGUUGGUUAGGAAACUACAAAAAGAAAUAUGAACACACAAGAGAUAAUUUGAGCCAAAGUGUUUUUUCUUAAAAAGAGAUAUGGAUGUGAUUGAACACGGAUGAAACCCAUAAGAAACUAAGAUGAUAAACGUAGAUGCACCUAGAAAGAUCCUCUGAGAGAAAAUAGACAAACAUGAAAAUGUCAUGCCAGAAUAUUUAAAGACAUCAUACUUCAUACUUCAUACUCAAAUGUCGUGUAUAUCUGAUUCAUCAUUACUUUCUCAUGGAUUUCACCUGUUUGAUCACACAGAUGUUUUAAAGAUAGUGACUCACACUUUUAUUUCAUGUCCAAAGAACAGCAUGUUGGCUCCAAACAACAUUUGUGUUCAACAAAUCCUCUCUAUGGGAGCUUCCCAGUGUGCAGUUGUUUAUGUCUUUUUUUAGUGUACUUUGUAUGAUUCGAAAACUUAGUUGAACCCCCAGAAGGAAAUCGAUUUUUAUUUGGUCUGUGGAAAUAUGCUGUUCACACUCUGAGGUGAUGCUGACCCCUUCAAAAUAGUUUUAACUCAAAUAACCAGCCGUUUUUUUUCCCUCUAUGAUAUCUUGUAAUGUAUUUUUCCAUCCAGUGUAGCUGCAUCGAUCUGUUUUCUGUAUUAAUCCCGCUUCUUUAUGGCGUUCAGGUGGACAAGAUGGAGUCAGAGUGCAGCCGGGCACAGCAGGAGUUACAGGACUCCAAAGACCAGAACGAACUGUUGGAGUUCAGGAUACUGGAACUUGAAGUGAGUCACAGAAAAAAAUCUACAACCAUGUUCUUGUGAAAUAGCAGCGUGACAUUUUCUCAGAAGAGAAUCAGGAAGAACUGAAUUAAAUAGACUGUACACCCCGGGGGACACAUCUAGAGACCAUUAUCACGGUCUUGACCUAAAAAACACUUUUCAACUGUUUAAGAAACAAUAAAAUAAAAAUCACACAACUGUUCGAAUGGUUUCAUGAUGUUAUGGUCUAGAUAGUUUUUUUUUCCUGGAACUGCUUUUGUGUGAUCUGAUCUCGGGGAUUUUCUUGGAAAACUGCUGUUGUGAAUUUCUCUGAACAUCAUCUGAACAUGCAAACUAAAGUGAGCCCAUUUUUUUUUCCUAUAUGUCCAUGAAUGUGUAUAUCUUUAUACAUUAAUGUGCAUGCAUUUACUUAUAGAUAGCUAUAGAUAACGAUCUAUAUACACACAUGCCAUUAAAGCCAUUAAAGAUCAGUCUUUCAUCACAGGUAGAGCAGGGUACAGUUUUAAUCUCUCUGUGGAGUCAUUUGACGCAGACAGUCGUCUACACAGACAAUACAAUAUAAACAACACGACAAAUGAUCCAUACACCUGCUAUAAAUCACAGUGGUAGACAGUCUGGCUGAAUCUUAACCUCCCCCCCGAACCCUGAACCCUCAAGGACUUAAUUGGCGUUGCCUGAAAGGUGAUCGAGUGCAUGAAUCCGCGAGGGCGCAAAACAUUACUGGAAUCGUACAGCUUUUUGUGACUUCUCAGAAAAUACUGACGUCAAACCGCGCUCUUGCUCUCCAUAGUGGUGGAUUUAUUUUACUUUUUUACAUGUUUUUCCCUCACAAACCUUCUCUGUUAUUCCUGAAACGAUCGUGAAAAUAAAUACUUCCCCUUUGUGCUUUCUAAAAAGAGUCAGAAAAGCAGUUAUUUGAUUCAUCUCUGUAGACGCUUGGAUGACGAUAUAGAGGCUUGUUAGUUUUUAUGCUGCAGUGUGAAUGAAGCCCUCCAAGUAGAGAGAGGGUGGACAUCGAGAUUGGGCCUCUGUAACUGUAAAUGCUGCACUUGGGAACACUGAAUAGAAGCAUCUAAAAACUCCACCGGUAAAGGAUGCUGAGGGUUCGAAACAAUGACGUUUGCCUUUCAUUUCUCUCGCUUUAAUUAUUUUAAAAAAUGGCAAAAAGGAUAAACACUUCACAAUUUAUUACACUCUUUUCUUAGAUUUACUUUGACUGCAAGAGAGGGUUCAUAGUACAUCAUACUCUGAAAUUAAGGGACAAAAUCUGGGUUAAAAUUCGUAUCGUUAUUCAGUUUUACAGUUUUAUUUGUAAAAUACUUGCGUGUUUUAAAGACUUCUAUGUACAUUCAGUCACAUACUCCAGGCAAGUCUCAUUAAUAACCAGCUGACAGGGGUCUUUGUGUCCUCUCUGUGCUGCAGUACAGAAACUGGCGGCAGCUUGUGAGGUCCAAGCUGCCCCCUAGAGAGCAGAGAGGAGAAUGGAUGAACAGUAAUGACUGAACAAAGAUAGUCUGAACAAAGCACCACCUACUGAAAGUUACAUAAUCAGGAAAAAGACACAGGGCCUAUUAAAAACAGGGGGCUGAGGUUAGUGGAAACGCUAAAUUUGGUGGACUCUUGGCUGCAGUUUUUAUGGUAAUUGGCGACAUAAACAGGAUUGUUGUCAGUCCUGAACAGCAGAGGUUGUUUUGUAACCUCGCUCAUAAUCUGUAAUGUAAAUUUGCCCUCGACAUUUGUCACAAGAGGUAAAUUCAAGUAUAAAUAUUGCUGAACAAAGUUGAAAUGUUCAUUUCUGUUGUGGCAGGAGCGUGAGAGGAGAUCCCCUCCAUUCAACCACCUGAGAAUGCAUCCUUUCUCUGAGGGCAUCAGCGCGCUGCAGAUCUACUGUAUGAAAGAGGGAGUCAAGGUAAGAGAGGAUUCAUCUGCUGUACAAAUUUAUAAUUUAUCACAGCAGAAAGGAGCCUACUCAACCUUCACACAGUCAAGUCAAUGUUUUUGUCUUGAUUGAUACAAAUGCUAUAAAGUUAAGACUGAUUUUGUUUAAUCUGUGUGAUCCUAAUCUUCUUUUCCGCUGUUUUCUUUGCAGGAUGUGUGCAUACCGGAUCUCAUCAAGCUUCUAGAUAUCCUUGGAGAUAACGGGGUAAUUCAUGUGCGGUUUAACAACCUCAGCUUUAACUAAAAUCACCCUUUUGCUAAUCGAGGCUUUUGUUCUAUCCCCCUUUUGUUCAGAAUUUAAGAAACGAGGAACAAGUGGCCAUAAUUCAGGCUAGCACAGUUUUGUCGCUAGCAGAAAAGGUGAGUUUGAAAAUCUUAUUAUGGGUUCUAGUGUGAUUUUUUAAUACUGCAGACACACACACACACAGAGUGAUGUUUGCUGUGCAGACUCAUGUUUGGAUGUUUGUCGCCCUCUAGUGGAUUCAGCAGAUUGAAGGGACGGAGGCAGCGCUGCACCAGAAGAUGAUGGACCUGGAGAUUGAGAUGGUGAGUCACUACAACCCAGGAGAGAGAGAAUCUUUUUAUAGAGAUGGUGUUGUAGAGUCAGAUGAUUGAGGCUAAUGCAUCACAGACUCUCUUAAAGCAGUCAUCUAUUUAUUUUUGUUCCAGUUAAAUCACAUAAUAAAUGCUUCAUAUAUGUAUGAAUAGUUGAUGUUUACAUCUCCAAAAGUGUCCCAUCGACAGCCAGUAUUUUAAAGCUCCUGUGAGGAAUUUCUUGACAUCUCUAGAACUCUCUAAUAGCGAUGUGUAUGAAAUGUUGUGAUUUACAGCCACAAAACUGUUCCCCUUUUUUUUUCUCCCUUGUUCUCUGCAGGAAAUGUUCUGCAAACAGAAAGGAUACCUAGAAGAAGAGCUAGAUUACAGAAAACAGGCCCUGGACCAGGCCUACAUGGUGAGUGUGCAUUUGUUUCUGAGGUCAAGACCUAUACCCCCAAUUUCCACUGCGUCCAGAACGGCUCUGCUACAGAACAGCAGCGAUUUUCACCGUUCGCCAAUUCCCACUGGAUGCGUUUGUUAGGUGAAUUUCGUGGCAGAUUACGGACAGUGGGAAUCGCAAGACCUCAAAAAGAAUCCGUGGAUUCACAUGCAAUCACGCGAUAACGAGUUGUUUGUAUAAAGACAGCCACAUAACCAUGUAAGCAGUAGAUUGUGUCCUUCCAGAGGAGGAAAUCCACUUCGCCUGGAACACGUAGUGCUUUAUUUUGAAAAGAAGCCGGAUGUGUUAUUUUGUGUCUGUGCCCGACUUCCUUUCCAGCACGGGCGAAUCUGUGCUGAAUUUAUGCGGCAUGCUGCGGCGUCUGGAAAAAAAAUGGAACCCUGACGAUCAGCUGCAGAGUCUGCUGAACCGCAGCGGGAAGCAAAGAAGCCGGUGGAAAUUGACACAUUAACUUGAAUGGAAACGAUCAGCUGCAAUCAGCGCAUACGGCCUUUUUGCAGCCGUUUCGGAUGCGGUGGAAAUUGGGGGUUAGCUUUCGAGUAACAGAUAGAUGAUGGCAUCAGUUUGGGGUUAUGCAUGCGGCUGUGGUCAAAAGUAACACCACCUCUUUCCUCUCCUCCAACAGCAAAUCCAGGAGCUGGAAGCGACAUUAUACAACGCCCUGCAGCACGACAAGGUUCCCCAGGUCGCUACAGAUUAAAACCUUACAGUUAUUAAAUGAUAGGAUCACCUAGACAUGUGUCAAACUGUGAACUUUGGGUAUCCACUCAUUCUCCUCUGCAGGUGAUAAAGUACGGAGAGCCUCUGAACGAGCUGCAGAAGGACGAGCUGCGGACAGCGGUGGAGAAGCUGAGGAGGCAGAUGCUGAGGAAGAGCAGAGAGUACGACUGCCAGAUCCUCCAGGAGAGGAUGGAGCUGCUGCACCAGGCCCACCAGGUCGGUCUAUGAAUCUACAAAUGUUUGUGUGGACAUGGUAGGACAAAUAAAACGAGUGGACAAAGAAACAGUCCGCCUUGAAUUUAAGAUUCAGGCAGUUAUUGUGAUUUUGUUUUCUGGAGCCAGAUUUGACCAUGCUUGAGUAAAACGUAAGUUAUAAGGCUGUCUUGGUUAGCAGUGUUUUGUCAUUCCUGGUAUCUGAACAAAAGCAAACUUUGGCAAGAAAAGAUAGAAACCAAAUUGUAUCAAAAGGUACAGCCAACACGAAAAAGCCGAAAUAUCCCCAGAGGAUUUUGAGAAACCGUUAAAUCACAAGCUAGCCUCUUCUUACUGUUUUCUGUCUGAAUGUUUGCAGAGAAUUCGUGAUCUUGAAGACAAGACAGAGAUCCAGAGGAGGCAGAUUAAAGACCUGGAGGAAAAGGUAAGUUGUGUUUGAGGUGGAGAAGAGAAACCUGCCGAGAAAUGUCAAGAAGCUAACUGAGGAGAUUAAUUUUUAACAAGGUUGGAGCGCCCCCUUCUGACCGGCUACAGUAUGUGUCAAAUCAGAAUGAGAUUUUCCUGAAAAUGGUUUAAAUGUAGCUGUUCAGUGUUAUAAAUGAGGCAUAAAGUCAUGAUCGAUAGCUCUGCUGACUAAUGAGACUGGAUGAACCAACUAAAGAGGGCAGGUGAGAGGAAACAUAAUGAACACGAACAGUCAUUGAGUUUGACAUUACUGUAAAGACAAAAGAAAAGACAAGAAUCUGAUCUGCUGACUGUGCUGACCGGAGGAUUCCUGCUCUUUUAUUGACCAGUUAAAUGUGUGUUUUGGCGCGACAUCAGCAACAAAAAAGAGAGUUUGUACUGCAUAGACUCUGGUGAAAAAUACACAGUUAGUCAGCGCUUUUUAAAGUCCCACUCCGAUCGUUUUUUUUAUCGAUUAAAGUGUUCUCAGGGGUCUUUAAAUUGUGAUUGUGAAGUUACCUGUCACUUUCAAGGGCUGUUCUUCUGCAGAGCUCCGGUAGCUCAUUAGCAGUCCGCCUCUGAGUUGUGGGCGGAGACAGCGCUUGUUGUAUUCAGCUCUCCGACACUAAUGUCUUUGGGGACAUGAUGAGAGUUAAUAUCAUAAUUCGCUUUCUUACGAGCAUUGCAAUCCACUAACGCACACGCUUGUUCCACGAUCGUAGGAGUUACGUAGGAAAUCUCACUGUAUCUGAACCUGCCGUUUGCGUCUGUGAGAGAUUCACAGUGAUUUGAAUGCAGAAAUACUCAGAAAUGCAAUUUUGCACUUACUUUUCUCAUUGUAUGUCCUGUAGCAUCAGAAAAAUUCCAUAUGAACAUGUAGACGACAAGAAAAACAUGAUUUUCAUCGGAGUGGGUCUUUAAGUUUGUAUCAUAGAAGGGGCAGAAGCAUGUUGCCCAUGAUUAAAUAUGGUAGCAUGGUUGUACGGAUACUGUCAGUUUCCCUGCUGUACAGUUAACCUCUGUUUCUGUCUCUGCUAUUACUAACGUAUCUGUAAUGUCCCUCUAACCCUCUCCCUCCCUCUCUUUGUCCCUCCUUCAUGUCUCCUCUCCAGUUUUUGUUUCUGUUCUUGUUCUUUUCUCUUGCCUUUAUCCUUUGGCCUUGAAGUCUUUGGCGUGUCCCAUAGCAGAGGUGAGUCCUGAGGGCUUUGAGUAGGCAGUUCUGAACACCUCCGUCUCUCCCCUCCCCUCCUCCGCUGGACCUCGGUCAAAUACCUUUCUCUCGGAGCGGAAACCUGCGCAGCAAGUGUUUGGGUUUCGUUCAGACUCCACAGCCGAACUCUGGGAAGGCUCCAGCUGCAGAGCCUAAGUUGAACUUGACAAGCAAAAAAUUGGCCUACAUUUGUCAAGCAUUUACUUUCUGUAAUUGGCUCUGAACUUUAGAAUAAGAGUGUUGUUAGGCUGUUGUUUGUUUGGUAUUUACUAUAAAACCAAUUAUGGUAGUAAAUCAAAGAUAUAAGUUGAUUGAUCUUCAGAUAAUACAAAAUAUAACUUGUACCAGAACCUUCAAACAAAGACAAAUACACUGAAAACUAAACCUAGCAAACCUUCAGAUCUCCAGCUCUUGUUUUAAUUCAGUAUUUGACUCUGGUCUGGUCUGACUCCUCCACACAUUUACUCACCUCAUCACGCCCUUACUGAAUAUUCAUCUUUCAUUUCUUCUUUCUCUUCAUGCUCUUAAAAUCUUCCCAGUAAAGCAAAGUCAUUAAUGUGCAUGUUUUCUUUAUAACACUUCAUGUGCAACUCAUUUUUACUGACUGGUUUACAGAUAGUAGAAACAUCCCCAUAAAUAUCCUGUUUUGUUCUUUAUUAUUUUGUAUGUUUUCAUCAACUCGUGUCAUAUUUGUACUUUUUUUAGUUUGUUUUUUUUUUUUGCAUCCAGCCUGUACAAACAACACCGACUCUUAGUUUCACAGAAUUGAGAUGUUACAGCUGAACAGUGUGAUGCUAAAGGUGGUUAGAUUUGCAGGGGAAAAGUAAUGGGAGGAAAACACAUGAUUAUCUAUAUUUUGUGUGUCUUCCCGUAAAGGUUUCACAAAUCUAAAACUCUAAAUUUAAAGAGUCUCUUCACUGUUGGUGAUCAUUAGGCUCAGAUCUGACAAGUGUUUGAGUUUUUUUGGAUCCAGAGGUUGUCCAAUGUAGUCUAGAGAAGAAGAAGAAAACAGUGAUAUCUCAUUUAUUAGCAUUUUUAAUUACAGAAUUAGGAUUUUACCUUCAUGUGGAAAGUGGAUGUUAUUUAUUUUUGGUGAGUCUUGAUAUUUCCAGAAUAGCUGGACUUGUUAAACAAAAGAAGAGAAGUCAAAAUCAAUCCCCUUGUAGCGCGGUUUUAGUCCUUAAGAUAUAACCUUGCUUCUUGCUGAUUGCUGCUCUGUGUAUGGGUUAGUCACUGACUUUUUCUGGGCAGGUGAUGGAGGUUAUUUUCAAGAAACGCCUGCAUGUUUGGCUAGAAAAACAGUCCUGUAAAAAAACAUCAAGCAGGGAUCCUAAAACAGUUCAGUUGUGAGUUAAAGUCCUAAAAAGACACCAAAAUGUUGAAGGAGCUAUUAGGGCACUAAGAACUAAAACAGACCAGUUUAAAAUCAGUGAUUAUGUUGAAACUUAAAAGGACUUAUAUACUGAAUAAUUUUAUGAUAUAACUUUUAUUAUCUACCUACUUUUAUUUAUUUAUUUAUUUUAUUUUAUUUUUUAUUUUUUUAUUGCAAACAUUUAACAAGGCAUGCAAAGGAGUGAAGUCCAAUAUGAAUUAUAAUAGAAACAAGGAAUAACAAGAAAUAAAAAAAAACACCAAUGAAAACAAUAACGAGACAAAAACAAAUCAAAAACAACAACAACAAAAAAGAAGAGAAAAAUGUGAUUAUGGUACAUCAGCAAAAAAAGGCUGAAAAAGGCAAUUAGAGCAAAAACGCAAACGAGAUGGGAGUAGGGAGUAUCAGUCACCACUGUUCAAAAUGUAUGGUAGGGAAUAUUGUUGCUUGAUUGUGUGGAUGAGUACAAUGUAUAUGGUUUGGGGGCAAAGCCUUAUGUAAAAUAAAAAUAAUAAUAAUAAGGAAAAACUAAUGAGCAACAAGUGAAAGAAAAUUAGAUAAAAUAAUGAUUAGAACUUUUAUUUUAAGUAGUGGAAACACUGUUCAAACCUAAAACAGAUAAAUUUAAUUGUUAAAUAAGUGUAGCUGAUGGCUUCACUUAUUCUUUGUGACUCCUCUCUCUCUCUCUCUCUCUCUCUAUCUCUCUCUCUCUCUCUAUUUCCCUCAGGUGGUGUGUCAGCUCGGAGAUCUUGUUUGUGACUGCAGUGUUAUUUAUUUUCUGGUCAAGUGUGGAACAACGUGCGUGGUGGCGGCGGUGGCUGCUAGUGUCAUAUCAUCAGUGACUGCUGUUGGUGUAGGUGGAUGUGUCAAGUGUCGGCCAUGGAAGUCCUCACUUCAGAUAUUAUUAUUAUUAUUAUUAUUAUUAUUAUUAUUAUUAUUAUUAUCAUUAUUAUUAUUUUUAUUAUUAAUUAUACAGGGGUUGGGGUUCUCAGGAUACUGCCCAGGACAAUGUUUUUUUAACACGGUGAUGGACAUUAAACGUAUCUCCAAACAGCGGGGAGUACUGUAACAGGCUGCAAGAACAACACACGAUUUCAAAGACACUGAGUAGAUACAGACACACAAAAUGCCUACACACACAUGUAGAGGAUAAACACACAUGCAUGCAGAUGCAUUUACACACACAUUCACACACACUUACAUGCUUUGACAAAUCGAAACCAAAGCCUGGGAAAUGUUUUCUCUGCCAUGCAGGGUAAUAAUACGCCAUUCACUACCAUUUAGCCACAGUGGGAAUAUAAACAGACACACAAGAAGUCAUAAACAACAAGGCAAACAAACCGCCCGGACCACAACUUCUGUUCCUCUCUUUUUUUUUCUCUUCCAAACCUAAAAGGAAACUUUUUUUUUGGCAAAUGCAACUUCUUGGUGAAAUGAAGCGAGCAAACUCAGGGCCUAUGAGUGCAGAGGCUGCUUCAGGUCAGAUCAUCACAAGAAACACUCGGACAUGGUGUGUCACCGGUUGGCCUGCCCUCACUGUUCCCACAAUGGUGCUUACACAGACUACUUGGACUCUCCAGAGGUUAAACCUUGGGAAAAAAAAACAGAACUGCACUGCAGAGACGGGUGUGUAUGGACACUAGAAGGGGGAUAGAGGACACUCAGGUUGAUUCGUCUUCACUGCGAGAUAAAAAGAGGAAGAAAAGAUUAAUUUGGAGGUAUUUAAUCUCUCUGAUCCCGCUCCAUUCAAGCUGGAUCUCCACAUACAGGUUGUUAAACUUCUUUUGAAUUUGUCUUAAAACCAGCAGACCGUAAGAGCUUUACUCUCUGGUUGUCUCUUUUCUUUUCUUUCUUUGUUACAGCCUACAGAAACUGUGUCCCAAGAUUUCCACUGAGAAAAAAAACAAACAAACAUCUAUUCUGUACUGUAAUAUAUACAUUUGUUGAUAUGUACAUGUGUCUGAAUUAUUUCAUGUAGUCUCCCCCUCUUUUAUUUCUGUGAAUAGUUGCACUUUUCUUUAAAGCCUCAAGCAGCUUGAACAGUUGACAUACUUGGCAGUUUAUGAAAGACUCAGAAGAGUGUAAACUGUUCUGUUUUCUUGUGGUGACAGCUGCGAAAGAUGGACUUCACUCCUGGAAAAUUAUAACUAAAGAGUUGUUGGAAUAUGAAUGUGGAAUAAUGGAAUAUUUGCCUCCCCUUUCCCUCUUUCCACCCAUCAUGUCACACACACACACACACACACAAACAUAACUGUUUUUGUUUUUCUCAUGUCUACAAUAUGUUACUCUGGUUGGCCAGCAGGGGGUGCUGCUUUCAACUUAGCAACUUUCGAUUUUCCCUUUAAACUGGUACAAACCUGUAAAUAUUUUCAGAUUACCUUUAUCAACAUUAUCAACCUAAGUUCAACGAUUGAUGAGUUUGAAAUCAGAACUAACACUGAAGUCAUUGGAACUUUCUGAUAAUACAAAAAAACCCUGAAAAAUCUAAAAUUAUAACCCAAAAAAACACUUUAACUUUUUUUUUUUUUUGACACACAAACUCAUCUUAAAUGCAUAAAAAUCCUCAUUCUUCACAUUUCUUGUGUCAGACUAGGGGCGUGUCCAAACUUUUUUGACUGGAGCGACCAAACUACAGCUGUCUCUUAUGUAGGGGUGGGCACUCACAUACUCACAUCCCAAAAACAGCAUUAAAGGUGGGGCAGGCAGGAUCUGAGGAAGUGCCAGUUUUUGGGAGAAAUCUUGAAUGUAAACACUACCCCUCCCAACCAGUUUUCCCCUCAGCUCCUCCUCUCCCCUCCCUCUCUGCUCCAGCAAGCCCCGCCCACAAACAGACGCCCAUCCUCAUAGUAUUGUUUCAAUUAAAUUCAGAUAUAAUGCAGAUAAAUACUUCAGAUAAUUACAAAUGGGGCCCAGUCAAAGUAAAAAGCAUUGGUGCUACUGUAGAUGCCAACAGACUACCAGCAAACACAAUGUUUGCAGGACUUCUACAACUAGGAUAAAGUGACAUAGUCCAGGACCCGAGGUCAACAGUUUAGCGGUGCUACAACACGCAGCAGGUCCCGUUUGACAAGAAACACUUCUUUUACAGACACUUAGCUUAUUUUUCUAAAGCGGUUUACCUGUCCAGCAGAAAGGUUACAGGGUCCGUAAGAUCCUGAAGCGUCCUCCAUCAUUGUUGACCGGGCUUUUUAGCUCUUAUCUGGCUUUUAAAGCGCCCGUUAUUCCGCCAGAGUCUGCGGUAUUUACUUAGUUUUAUUGCUUGUGUUGGCAGUCGUGGCUAAAGGAGGAUUCAGACAAUUUUCUGUACUUUCUGGUUGGUUUCUACUGUCCAAUAUUGUAGCACGCUAACUUUGUUUGGGCCCCUGAACGACACGGGGGAGCAGCAUCUGCCUCACAACCAAUCAGGAUGAGGGAGGCGGGGAAUGGCUUUGUUUACAGUCAGAAAGAGCGGAGCACUCUGAAACUUUAAAAUCUUGACUACACAAACAUAAUAAAACACAGCGAUAUCGUUAUAUUACCAAAUGUCAUCAGUGACUGAUAUUAACAGCUUUUUUUGUAUAUACACCACAAUAAAAGAUGCUUCUUUAACAGAAUCCUGCCUACCCCACCUUUGAGUUAAAAUUUAUCUCCUAUUUAUCAUUUCUAAACAUAAACAAUAAGGUCUCUUACAGAUGUUAAAAUCAUAUUUGAAAGGUAUUUUUAAUUGGAAAAAAUGCAGAAAGAGUAGCGACAUAGAAAUCUCCCAUGUUUCCUUUAUCCCAAAAAAUAUCAUGCAAUUCAAUAAAACAUGAACAUCAACAUGGUACUGAUUGGAUAGAUAGACAAUCCUGACAUAGAAUUAUGGGAAAGCACUUCAGGGGGAAAAUGUUUAGGGGGACCUUGUCACCCCAAGCCAAUCCAUGGACACGCCCCUGCUGCAGCAACUCGCUCAAAGUGAAACAGGAGAAAGUGAAUGCAACACGACACUCUCUCUCCUCCUCUCCCGCCGGGCUCACUCUUUCCACUCUCUGCAAUAUUUACAAGUUAACUAUGCUCUCUUCCUACAAACCUGAGCUGGUGUAUCCACCCUCACAGGUGUAGUGUGUCCAGUCAUCUCACUACACAGCAGACAGUAUCUAAAUGACCAACUCCAUUCACUUUACUGAGGGGGAUGACUGAGACUAUUUCUGUGCAAACUCAGCUAUCAAGCAGUUGCCUUAAAUGCACUUUCCCCUUUUUUUUUCCACAGUUAUUUUUUCAGGCGGUUGAUAUGAUCAUGUAAUGUAAUGUAAUGUAUUGUAUAUUUUUUGUUAUUAUUUAACAGAGAUUUUUUUUUAUCUUUAACCCGUCUGUCUUCCAACAAGAAUUUAACCCCUCCUCCUACUUUCAUCUAGAUUAAUAAAUAAACUGAGAAAAUGAGCAAUGCUGUAAAAAAUAAAAAAAACACAUGGCCUUUGACGGUAAGAAGAGA